AGUCUCCUUUUUAAAACUGAAUAUAUAUCUAUUCUCCAUGAGCUUUUUAUGAAUUGACCCAGUUGAAAAGUGAAACAGUUCAAUUUUACUACGAAUAUGAAACUUUAACUUUAAUGUUCGUCAUCUUGCAAGUUGAGGGACUUAUGUACAGUUGGCGAGAGUUGAUUGUCUGACGGUUACAAUAUGUAAAUUGGUAGUUAUGUCAAACUCUGGUUAUGUAGCGGGCUAUUUUCUAGGUCUAUUCAUUAGAGCAAAACGUUUUGCAACGGAAACGUUUUGCAACGACAACGAAUUUCUUAUUGGACAAGUUUAGUUAGUCCCUCCCCGUUUUGGUCCGUUUGGUGUCAAGUGAAUACAACCCUGUGUAGUUUUGUAACACAGCAAUAAUGAAUUUACGCAAGUUCUAUAUCGACAUUAUUAUGCGCAUUCUGGUGUUCAUACGUGCAGCAGAAACUACACCUUCAAUAGGGUGAGGAUCAUUCUACAAUUUGACAUUUAUACGUAACGACACCAGUCUCUAGCCGAGAUGACCCAGGUGCGAAGGUCGGUGGGAGAGGCGCUGUGGGGAAUGUGUGCCGCCGACGCCAUGUCCAUGCCUGCGCACUGGUACUACAACAUCGAUGACAUCAAGAGAGAUUUUGGAGGAUGGAUCACCGGCUUCAACGCACCCAACAACAGACACCCGUCCAGCAUCCUCACCCUCUCCAACUCAGCGGGGAGCGGUCGCACUGCAUGGUCCUCUGGUGGGAACAGACCCCAUGUUGUGGGUAGCGUAAUCCUCCAUAACAAGCUCAAGUUCUGGAAGGCAUCGGGUGGAUCGGUCCACUAUCACCAAGGUCUCCAGGCUGGUGAGAAUACCCUGAAUGCCAUCUGCUCCCUGAGGGUGGCACAGGCCCUGACAGGGGGGAAGUUUGCCAGCGUGGCAGAACCAGCGGCGAGGGGGGCGGUGCUGGCUGAUUACGUACACUUCAUGACCACGCCAGGAACACAUGGAGACACCUACGCAGAGUCCUUCCACAGAGCAUUCUUCUCCGACUGGCAAGACACCAGACCCACUUCCUCAAGCAAGGUGUUGGAGUUUGCAGAGCAGCGCUACCAGCAGAAGAUGAACGUGUCAGUCCCUGACAGCCAGCUAGACGCUAUUGGCUGCCUCCCCAUGGCCAUCCCCUUUGUGCUUCUCUCUGCCACAGCCAAUGAGGACCAAGCUGUGUCUGCAGCAGUGGAGUUUGUCCGGCUCACCCACCCCCACCCCAAGGUGGAGAAAUAUGUGACGCUGUACGCCCGAGCCCUCCAUGCCACUCUGAAUGGGGCGUGUCUGAAGCAGCAAGCGGAGGCCUUCCUCAAGUCACCCGACCUGGACGCAUGGGACACUUGCAAGCCCUACAUACAGAAAGCAGCCAGGUUUCCAACCUCUUCUGCAGAGGGGCUCAAGGUUCACCAGAGUGCAGUGGAAAUGCUUGGCAUGGCCUGCUACACCCGAGGUGCCCUCAGUAGUAUGUUCUACCUAGCACAUGAGUUUCACAACGACCCUCAUGGAGGGAUCCUGGCAAACACCAAUUGUGGCGGAGAGAACUGCAACAGGGGUUCUGCUUUGGGGGCUCUGCUGGGGGCAAGGGCAGGGUACACGGGUGGAUCUGUACCCCAGGAGUGGAAGGAUGGAUUGAGGAACACACAGGAACCAAUCCAUGAAAUACUAAAGAUGCUCCGAGACUGCCCCCUAUAGGACUUAAAGCCAGCAUCAGAGCACUGACACACAUACCUUACCUCCGUUUGGUUGGUGUUCACAUGCUGGCCGUUGUAUGCACAAAAAGAUACCUUACAAUGAAAAAGAUUACUAUGCACAAAUAAUUACCUUGUGUAAAAGUGCUUAUUUUCCCAAUUUUACUCUUAAGGCCUUCCAGGUUUACCUUGGUUUACUCCCCAGCUGAAAGCUCAGCUAUCUCUCUCGACCAUACAUCAAGUAACUAUUCUCAGCUGUGUCUCCAUUAAAUAUAUUUUAGAGAUCAGUUGGAGUUUACGCACUAAAGGCGUCCGCAUACAUAGGUUCGGUUUGCUCCUAGCAGAACUCGGCCAGGCGAAGUGAACGUCUGUGCUCGCAUACUCCCUUAAUAUACCUUCGCUUGAAAAAUUAGAAAGAAGUGGAAAUAUUACUGUUUGUACCUCUUGAGACGCCAUAGUCAGUACACUCACUUCCUCAAAAUAGUCUCAAUUAAUUUAAGAGAAAUCUGUAAAUCAUUUUACGUUUUUGGUGAGGAGGUCUUAGUUGCGCAAAUUUACAUCUAAGAUUUUUGGUGCAGUAUUUCUUAACAUCUGCAUGAAAACUAGUCGUCUAGUUGAAUGACAACAAGCACUUCAUUGCAGAUCCCGUAUUGUUGACCAAUCACCGACGAAGGGGCGUAGACUUCGGCUACGGAACUUUGACAAGCCUCAAGAAAUACUUGUGUGAUGAACAGCCGGGGGGGAAACCCUGCCGAACGUUCUGUAAAACGUUACAGAAUUUCAUCAUAAUAUAUGCGCGAUCUUUUUCGAAUUUGAAUCAUACCGUAAACUUUAAACUCAUGUCGAGUUUGAGUUGAAGAAGAAAAAGUUAACCUAGUUUAAAGUACAUUUGAUCAUAUACAUUGAUUGCAGAAGCAGGUAGACAGUAGCCUGCAACAUUUCUACAUUCCUUGUUUCCAAGUUGUGCAAAGGGAAAUAUUGUGAAUUGAUUAUGGCAGUUCAAUGGUAACUUAUUUUAUCAGUCUUAUUUUCAUUUAGAUAGAACCUAGUGAAGUUAUUUGAAAGGUAAUAUGCCCUGCCAAAUUGUGUUUUAAAGUUGAAUAAAAGCUUUUAUGCUGGUCGAUUAUGCGCACAUACAAUAGUAUACACUGUUACAAUCUCUUAUGUACUGUAAUUAAGGUGUGAAAACCUUCAUUAUCUAACAUCUACAGUACAUGCUGCUUUUCACAUGGAUCAUGUUUAUUAUCUAUAUAUUUUUUGUAUCCUUCAGGCCCAAUAAAUGGUGUCUCAUUACCAAAUCUAA